UCACCCGAUAAUGCUCCCGGGUCCGUCGACACAGACGCAUGCACAUGCUGCCUCUUCUUCAUCAGUCAGCGCCGUCCGAGGCUCGCCCUGUGCAAAGGCAAAGGGGGCUGCCCAUGUCGUAUAGGCCCACGUCGGACGAGCAAGCCAUUUCCGCAUAACCCACUGCUGGCUAUCUUCAGCUCGAGCCCUUGCGCACCCCAGUCGUCGGCGCCGCCCCUGUGCUUGGCUUCUGAGCAGAUCGUGGGGACUUUUGCCCUGCGACGGACCGGCUGUCCCGAGCUGGAUGACGUUCACGGCCUCGGUAAGAAAGCCCUUUAUGUGAAUCGCAAUCACGCGGCGUCUUUACUUCAUAUGCACCAUUGUUUGCACUUUAUUCCACCGCGACCUGAGCACCGAUACACCACAUUAAUCCUGCAUAGUCACCCUGGCUCCGCUAUUCUUAUCUGA